CCUGGGCCGAGACUCAGGGAGACAUUGAGACAGAGCGCUUGGCACAGGAGGAGCGGGGUCAGGGCGAAGUCCCAGGGCUCAGGCGUGGCUCUCAGGGUCUCAGGCCCGGAAGGCACUGUAUGGAUUGGGGAGGCGCAACGUUGGGGAUUCCCCAUCUCCGCAGUUUCUCUUCCUCUCCCAACCUGUGUCGGGUCCUUCUUCCUGGAUACUCACGACGCGGACCCAGUUCCUACUCCCAUUGGGUGCCGGGUUUCUAGAGAAGCCAAUCAGCGUCGCCGCGGUCCCGGUUCUAAAGUCCCCAGUCACCCACCAGGACUCAGAUUCUCCCCAGACACCGAGGAUGGCGGUCAUGUCGCCCCGCACCCUCCUCCUGCUGCUCUCGGGGGCCCUGGCCCUGACAGAGACCUGGGCGGGCUCCCACUCCAUGAGGUAUUUCUACACCUCCGUGUCCCGGCCCGGCCGCGGGGAGCCCCGCUUCAUCUCCGUGGGCUACGUGGACGACACGCAGUUCGUGCGGUUCGACAGCGACGCCGCGAUCCCGAGAGAAGAGCCGCGGGCGCCGUGGGUGGAGCAGGAGGGGCCGGAGUAUUGGGACCGGAACACACGGAUCUACAAGGACACCGCACAGCAAGACCGAGUGAACCUGCGGAACCUGCGCGGCUACUACAACCAGAGCGAGGCCGGGUCUCACACGAUCCAGAGGAUGUAUGGCUGCGACGUGGGGCCUGAGGGGCGCCUCCUCCGCGGGUAUCACCAGUACGCCUACGACGGCAAGGACUACAUCGCCCUGAACGAGGACCUGCGCUCCUGGACCGCUGCGGACACGGCGUCUCAGAUCACCCAGCGCAAGUGGGAGGCGGCCAAUGCGGCUGAGGGGAUGAGAGCCUACCUGGAGGGCACGUGCGUGGAGUGGCUCCACAGAUACCUGGAGAACGGGAAGGAGACGCUGCAGCGCGCGGAGCCCCCCAAGACACAGGUGACCCACCACCCCAUCUCUGACCAUGAGGCCACCCUGAGGUGCUGGGCCCUGGGCUUCUACCCUGCGGAGAUCACACUGACCUGGCAGCGGGAUGGGGAGGACCAGACCCAGGACAUGGAGCUCAUAGAAACCAGGCCUGCAGGGGAUGGAAACUUCCAGAAGUGGGGGGCUGUGGUGGUGCCUUCUGGAGAGGAGCAGAGAUACACAUGCCAUGUGCAGCACGAGGGGCUGCCUGAGCCCCUCACCCUGAGAUGGGAGCCAUCUUCCCAGCCCACCAUCCCCAUCGUGGGCAUCGUUGCUGGCCUGGUUGUCCUUGGAGUUGUAGUCACUGGAGCUGUGGUCGCUGUUGUGAUGUGGAGGAAGAAGAGCUCAGGUGGGGAAAGGGUUAGGAGUGGGGUCUGAGAUUUCUUGUCCCACUGAGGGUUUCAAGCCCCAGGUA